CUCUCGAUCUCUCCAUCUCUUUAUCUCUAUCUCCUUUCUCUCUCCCUCUUCAGUUGGUGGAGUUCUGUAAAUCAGAAACCAGAAAGCAGAAACCAUGAUGUAUGAACAGCAUGUGAGGAUGGAGUUAAGGAAAUCCACGGAGCGGAGAAGACCAAUCAAGGAAGAAAAGUUUGAGGUCGUCGAUCUCAGCGGCAUGUCUCUCGAGUCUCUCCCCAAUCCGUCUCUGAAUCUCGCCAUGAUCAGCAAGCUAGAUAUCUCCAACAAUAAUCUCGAGAGCAUUCCAGAGUCAUUAACAGCGAGACUGCUGAACGUUGUCGUGUUAGACGUUCACUCAAACCAGCUUAAAUCUCUCCCAAACUCGAUCGGGUGUUUGUCCAAACUCAAGAUCUUGAAUAUCUCUGGCAACCUUGUCGAAUCCCUUCCUAAAACUAUCGAGAAUUGCAGGUCGCUAGAAGAACUGAACGCAAACUUCAACAAGUUGACCAAACUUCCUGACACGAUUGGGUUUGAAUUACUUAACCUUCAGAAGCUGAGGGUCAACUCAAACAAGCUAGCGUUUCUCCCUCACUCCACCUCCCAUAUGACCUCCCUGCGCAUCCUAGACGCACGCCUGAACUGCCUCAGAUCCCUCCCCGAAGGUAUGGAGAACCUAAUCAACCUCGAAGUGCUUAACGUGAGCCAGAAUUUCCAGUACCUCGACAGCCUACCGUACUCCAUAGGCCUCCUCUUGUCGCUCGUGGAAUUGGACGCGAGCUACAACCAGAUCACCACAUUGCCGCCGUCGAUCGGGUGCCUCAAGAAGCUCCAGAAGCUCAGAGUCGAAGGAAACCCGCUGGUUUCUCCGCCGAUGGAGAUCGUGGAGCAAAGCUUAGAAGCAGUGAAGGAGUACUUGAGCCAGAAGAUGACUGGCGAGAGCCCCAGGAGUCCGAUGAAGAAGAAGUCGUGGUUGGGGAAGCUGGUAAAAUGUGGGACAUUCAAUGGGCCCAUCCUCAGUGGGACCCGCGAGGAGAGGGAAGGGUUCAUCAUGUCCGAUUAUCGGUCCAUCGACGGUCUGACUUCGCCCAGGUAUAUGGGGAUGUUUUCACCGCGUCGUCUCUUCUCGCCCAGGAAUUACUUUGCAAGGUGAAGAAACUGUUGAGGGCGUUUGAGUUUGUCAUCUGUGACUUGUGAGGAAUGGUUGGCUGCUGGUUCCUUAAUUUAAUGGUGUAUUUCUCCUUUGAAAAACUACUCUAUGGAUAUGUGUAGACCUAUACCGUAGGUCUUUGGGAUGAUUGGGUGUUGUUAUAUACACUGUAAGUAUGGUGAGUCUGGUGGGUCCUUUCUAUUGGAUGGUAGCAGAAGCAGCAAAUAUACUUUUUGCAUGUCUCCCAGAUGAUGACCCAUGAGCAUGGGACCCAUAAAAGGAUUAUCUUCCAUGCCUAAAAUGAUUGAUCAUAAAAUAUAGACCAUCCGAUCUGGGUGUUCCAUGUUUCUUUUCCUC